GGUUCCUGUUGUGGGGUUGAGAGUCGCCGGUGUGCAUGACAGCCUGCGUGGUGUCUUCCCCCCCUGGCAGAGGAGUUUACUGAUUGAAAAUGGAAACAUGGAGAUUGCCCAGCUAUAAAAUUUGAAACCGAGACUUACAGUUGAACCAUGAAACUCGCCACUGUGGUUUUUUACGGUUUAUCUCUGGGGCUGCUGGCGGUUGGCCUGCGAGAGUUGCUGACUGGCUUCGAGGAGAACAGAUGCAGUAUGACCUAUAUGUUUGAAUACCCGGAAUACCGCGUCAGCAGCAGAUCAGCGUUGCAAGAUAUGGACCGGGUGGCCCUGCCUCGUCGUGUGGCCAGACUGUACCCAGCGUAUGGGCUCUACCUGUACGGUGAGGGUCUGUACGCCCAGGAGACCCGUGCCCUUAAACUCACCGGUGCCCCUGUUCUCUUCCUGCCUGGAAAUGCAGGCAGUUAUAAACAAGCUCGCUCGCUGGGCUCGGUGGCCCUGAGGAAGGCUGAAAACAUGGAGGGAGGUCUCCACUUCAAUGUCUUCACUGUGGACUUCAACGAGGAGCUGGUGGCUCUUUACGGCGGCAGUUUGCUCCGACAGACACACUUCCUGCAUGAGAGCAUUAAGGCCAUCCUGAAGCUCUACAAGCACCUGAAGAACCCCCCUCAGAGUGUGGUGCUCGUGGGCCACUCCAUGGGAGGAGUGGUAGCUCGGGCGUUGUACACUUUACCCCGCUUUAACACCAAUCUGGUCAGCCUCAUCAUCACCCAGGCCUCCCCUCACCUGGCUCCAGUGCUGGCCCUGGACCCAUACCUGCUGGAUUUCUACUCUACAGUGCGACAGAAGUGGGUGAGCCAGGCGAAAAAGCUCAGGAACGUCACAGUCCUGUCGGUUGGUGGUGGUUACCGUGACUACCAGGUCCGCUCCGGUCUGAUAUCCCUACCUUGUCCCCCAGGAGACCCCAAUAAGUUGUCACUGGUGGCAACUGCAGUCCCGAGGACAUGGGUAUCCACUGACCAUCUGUCCAUCGUUUGGUGCAAAGAGCUCGUUCUCGCUACUGUCAGAGCAUUCUUUGACCUCAUCGAUCCUGAUACCAGACAGUUCACAGAAAACCCAGAGAAGAAAAUGGCUGUUCUGAACCAUCACUUCAUCAGACACCCUGUCAGGAUGGUGGGAGAAACUCAAGACACCUCCAUCUCCAUCUUAGAUAUUCCUGAAGCGUGGAGUGAAGUAAACACACUGCGUCUGGCUUACAGCACACCAAAGGAGGGACAGGUCAAAUAUUUUAUGUUUGCCCUGUCGAGUCGCAGGAAAGCCUACAGCCAUUUCUACUGCCGCAGCAACAACCUGGAGAUGACAAGCUGGGUGUACGGCUGCGUGCACAGGAACGGUUCUUCAUGUGUGCAUGCAGUGGAUUUGUCCAUGGAAACUGAGCUUCUGCCUCCAUACAAGGUCCUUAUUCUGAGUCUCAGUGACUUGUCUUCAGUUACUCAUCUGGUUGUUUCAGCCUCCAACCUCAAUGGCAAACAGUUCACGGUGGAGUGUGAGUGGCAGAGACAAGCAUCACAAACUCUGUCUGUCCCAGUACCACAUGUCCUGUCCUUUGGUUUGACCGUCAGUGAUAUUACAGUCAACUCCUCUGGUCUUCUUCACACCAUCGUGCUGCAACACUUUCACCAGGUCUAUCAGGCUUUCAGAAUUAAUGUUGCCAGCCAGUGCAAAGUGUAUAAAGAUCGAUUGCCCAACGUGUACAGAAUGAAGGUCCCGUGGUUCAGGGAGGACUCUUUAAUCACAGUCAGUGUGCCAUCAGUGACCGAGAUCUCAGGGAUGCUCCAUACAAGUCGUUCAGACAACACCUCAGGGGUCCUCCUUCAGCUCCACACUGCCCCCAACUGCCAGUAUAAGGUGUCAGUAAGGACUUCGUUACCCAGGGUGCUGGGACAGAUACUGAGGUUCUGUGGUCCCAUGGUGCCAGUGUACACAGCUGUAACUCUCCUCCUGGCCUGCGGGGGGCAGCUGUCCUUCAUCCAGAAGUUUGGCCGUGCUGCACACAUGAGCCAGGUGGUGGGCAAAGGCCUGCAGCCUCAUAAAGUCAACCUGCCUGUUUUCAUUCUGCACAUCUUACUUAGCUGUAGCUGGUUUAAAGAGGUCUGGUCACUUCUUUACCUCCCCCCUAUGGAUGCCCUCCCCCCAACCUCCUCUGAUGUAACAUUUCAUGAGGGAGUGGUACCAGUCGAAGAAUGGCCUCGCCUCAUGUCCCCACUCCUCUACCUCUUCGGGGCAGCUGUGGCAUUUUGGGGCAGCGCAGUCCUUCGUCUCAUCAUGCGCCUGAUCUCAUUAAUAUUAGCUCCGUUUCACAGACCAUCGGUCUCUAGAGACUGCGGCACCCUGCAGCUGCGGACCCAGCUCCUCAUCACUCUGUGUCUGGCUGUUUUGGGCGGGACGUCCUGUGGGGCGUUUUCAUUAUUUGCUGCUUUUCUGCUCCACCUUUACAGGGUACUAAGGCUACAGAUGACUGAAAGGUCUUUGAGUCACAUGCUGAAUCUGGCUCCCCGGAAGCACAAAGAAGCUGAGAAUGGCACAGUCGAUGCUGAGACCCCAACCAAGUCUAAGGAAUGUAAUGGCGCCCCCCUGCUGUCUGAGUGUGCUCUGCAGGAGGUGAGGGAUGAUCUACAGCUCCACCUCUGCCUAUCCGCGGUCCUCACACUACCUGUCAUGCUCAGCGCACCCUCACUUCUCCACUGGAUCCGCAACCUGAGGUAUUCCACCCAGUUGGAUCCUGACCCUUGUUGGCCUCACAUUGUGCCUCUAAUCAUUGUAUACAUGCUGCUUAUUAACUGCAACACUUUAAAACUCAGCAACAGUAAACUCUUGCCUCUGACGUCCUGCCUCCCUCUGCCCUUGGCCAUCGCCAUGGUGAUCUUCUCUCCACUCCACCUCUACAGAGUCACCUACUUCCUGUUGGCAACACUCGUCCCUCUGGCUUUGUGUUGUCUGCUCUGACGGUAUCUGGCUGGUGUCAGCCCUCAUCUCUACCAUAACAAGCCUUUCUCUAAGUUACAGCUUGACUCACUGGAGCUGGUUGAGACUGAGUCACACUUUGGGAACCUCGUUUGUCCCGGGAAGACUUACUCUUAUCUGUCUGCUGUGGAGCAGAGCCAUAGACAUACAUAGCUUGGGGAACUGCUUGCUCAAUGUUAGCGCUAAAAGCUCCGUGGUGAUUACAUGAUGUUUUUAAAACGAGAGGAUGUAAUGGCCUUGGAACAUUUGGUGCGAAUAUGGCUCUGUUGGAUUGACCUGAAACCAAGUUUGCCUUACUCUGUAUAUCUAUGGCUCUGCCUUCAAGGAGAAAGAACUCCGCUACCAGUGAAGCUACUGAUACUAGAGAUUCUCAACAGGGUGUUACUGUUUAAAAUGUGUCAUUUUUGUUUUUGUUUGUUUUUCCGCUGUCCACAGUGGCAUUGUUCACUGUGGUCACUACACUGUUAACUCCUACACUGCCUACAGCUUAGCGAUGACUUAUAGUUGUGUGUUAUCUUUACCUACCGACUGUUUGUAGCACUGCCACAUAACCGGAUGGCAGUGUCAUACGUUCAUUCCCCAAGAAAAUCCAAAGUGGACAUGUUUACAUUCUGCGUUAUUCACUUUUUUUAUACAGAACAGAAUCAAUGAAAGGCAAAACUAAAGUCUGCACUGGAAAAGGCUUUUCUAGAUGUGGAGGUUUUAACUAGGGCUGUGACUAACAAUCAUUCGGUUUUCAUCAUCGAUUAAUCAGCUGAUUAUUUUCUCAAUUAAUCAGUUUUUCUAUAAAUGUUCAAAAACUGAGAAAAUGGCACAGUUUUCACAAUUUCUCAGUUUGCUCAUUUUGUCUGAACAACAGUUCAAAACCAAAAGACUUUAAAUUUACUAUCACAUAUGAUAAAGAAAAGCAGCUGAAA